AUGCGGGCUCCCGACGGACGCGCUCUCUAUCCCUGCGGGCGUCGAGGUGUGAGACCUCCCCUCCUUUCCUCCCCCCCCCUCCCGUUCGCGGGAGCGCCCUACCUGCGGCGGGGCGGUGCAGGAAGGGGGCGGCGCGGCGGGGCGGCGGUUCCGGGCAACGUCGGCGGGCGCUGCGCGUUCCUCGCACCGGGACCGCCGCCCCGCCCAUGGCCGCCCGCCAGGACCCCCUGCCCCCAGGUGAGGACCCCGCCGCGAGCCGGGCGGGCGGAGUGCACCAGGGGCGGUGGCGGCUCCCGGGGCCCCCACGGGUCCGGGACAGGCGCUGUGCGGGGCGCGGCCCGCCGCGACCACCUGCGGGCUAGUGUGACCCGGGGCCGCGGCUCAGGGGAGCCAGCAGAUCAUGCAGCAAAAGAGCCAGUGGAGGAUACAGAUCCAAGCACUCUUUCCUUAACAAUGACUGAAAAAUAUCCUGUCCAAGACACAGGAGUACCUAAAGAUGAAGAAUACCUUACAGAUCAAGUUACAUUGGAAAUUGCAUCUGUGAACAUCAAGACCCUUACACCAGAUUCUAGCCUAAUCCAACAGCCAGAAGACAAAGACACGCAAAACCAUACUGACGAAUCACUUUCAGAUCUCAAGAAAACCUGCAAGGAAAAUGUCACCUGCUCCCUGUGCUUAUUCCGUGCACCAACCAUCAGUGACAUGCUCAAUGAUGAGGACUUGUUGUACACAGUGAGGCUAAAGCUGGAUCCCUGCCACCCAACAGUGAAAAACUGGAGAAAUUUAGCAAGCAAAUGGGGGAUGACUUAUGAUGAAUUGUGUUUCCUUGAACAAAAGCCCCAGAGUCCCACCUUGGAGUUCUUGCUACGGAAUAGUGACCGGACUGUGGAACAGCUGAUUGAUCUCUGUAAAUUUUAUAAGAGAAUUGAUGUUGUGAAAGUGCUGCUGAAAUGGGUGGAGGAGGAAUGGCCCAAGAGAGGGAACAGAACUUACCAGAAUGACUUCUAGGUCAAAGAAAGUUGUCAGUCUGUACAUGUUAAAUGCUGGGACUAGCUGCCACUAAUACAUUGGAAGUUUCCCUUGCAAGAGAGAGAAAGCCUGUACUGACAGUUUGUAUACUGUGUAAGCCUUAUCUACUGUAUACACAUAUGUAUGCUCUGUACCCUCAGGGUUGCAAAGAUAGUAUUCCAAAAGGAGAGGGAAUCAUCCAGGUUGUGUUCUUGAACCUACAAAUUCCUUCAGCUUCUUUGCUGCUGUUGGUAGGCUUCCUAAGCAGAAGAGGAUUGAAAAAGCCAGACUGCUGGUUUUACUGCAGCAGUUGUGAACCAUGUCAGCUGUGUUCUGUUGCUAUUGGGAAAGCCACAAUUAGAAGGCAAGUCUCUUGGCCUUUCUGGUAACCCUUUCACAGUUUUGUCUCUUCUACCUAGUAGAAGAUGAGGUGUAUUUUUUUUCAUUUUUUGGGUUUUUUUUAAGCUUUGUGAUGCUGUUUUUGGCACAGGAACACCUCAGCGUUCCAAGCAGCAAUUUGGAUUUGCAUGUUACAAUUAAUUCAAUGUUUCAACAUCACAUUUGAGCAAGUUAAGCUUUAAGUCUCUUUUAUAAACAAGAAUAUAUUUGCCCUAUGAAGAAAUCAUGCAAUUCAGAGAGACUUUCCAACCCAUAAUCUCUAGGGGUAAAAAAAAACUAAUUAAAAUGCUCUAUACUUAAAAUUAUUUUCCAAAGUUUUGAAGACAGUGUAUACUCUGAGUGCAGGUAUCAAAUGCCUCUCACUUUCCAGUGUGAGAGGCUGUGUAAGCCUUAUCACUCACAGGGUAUCGUUAGUAUUGACUAUAACUUCCCUUUUCACAGGCUGUGGUUUUCUUCACAGUCCUGUGGGUUGACCUACUUUCUGCCCCACACCAAGGUAGUUGCACACCUGUGUGAAACUAGCACUGUGUAUUGAUUAGAGCCACUCUAAUGGGAAAUUACCAGGUGAAUUCACCUACAGUCCAGGUGGAUGGUUAUUAAAGCACUUACAAGUGGUUUAGACUGAUGUUUUUCAAAGGAUUUUGAUACUCUGAAUUACACUGUUUACAAUUUAAGUAUUUCAGAAAUUGGUCUUUUUCCUACCAUUCUUCUGACAUCUCAGACAAUACUAGUAUGUACAUAGGUGUAUAUACCAAAGCACUGGUGAAUGGUAUGUCAAGACAUGGGGUAAAACUAGAAUGGGUUGCAGGUUGAUACGCUGAUUACUUUUCUCUAGUAGAAAUAAUAAGAAUUAGUAGCAAAGCUGAGGGAAGUCUAAUGCUGUAUACUGACUUUCUUAUUGUAAGAGAAUGAAAAAGAACCUCUAGUAAUACUUUACUGUAAAUGCUGAGUGAUAUGGUUAACAGAGGGGCUGGAAGUAAAGAUGAACAUUUUCAGUGUCAGGCAUUAGUUCUGGGGUGGCAUAAAUUAAGUUUAUGUUAGUGACUUCCAGAAGCUGAAAAUCUUGUUUCAAGGUGAAAAGAGUGACCUAAAUUUGAGGUUUGAAU